AGAAUGUCAUGUCUGUACCACUUCUUAUGAACUUUGUUUUGGUCACAAGACACAAACAAAUAAUUGGUUGUAGGCGCCAGUUACGAAAGAUGAUAUUCGAUGAUAGUUUUGUAAAUGUGGUCGUGUGAUUUCUAAAAUUUAUGUGACAUUUACGAAUCGCCUUGUUCGGCGACGUCGUAUCUGAGCAUUAGAGUAUGUCGGACACGGAUGACGAAAGUUUGGACGUUACAUCAAGUAAAUUUGAUCCUUUAAAAGCCCUGUACGCUCCGAAGUUGCCACUCACUGUGCCAAAUGCACCUAUAUACGACAAUGUCUCUAAAUUUUAUUCGACGAAGCUUGCCCCAAAGAGAGAGCCAUCAAGGAAGAAGGUACCAAAAGAAACAGAGCCUUCUACAUCAGGGGAACGUAAAUUUUUACCUCAUCAGAUGCCAGUGUCAGCACCAAGAUUUAAACGACCAGGGCGGACUGUGUUAACACGAAUGGAGUCUGUGAAAGGGCCUCUGGCUGUGUUGAGAGAGUGCGUUAAUUCUCAAAUAAGGAUUAAGGUAGUUACGAGAAGUAUGAAUGGUAUCAGGGGUUACUGUGAGGCCUUUGUUGUUGCCUUUGACAGGCACUGGAAUCUGGCACUAAAGGAUAUACGUGAAGUUUGGACAAGAAAGAAGAAGGCUAAAGUACCUUCUAUUGGUUCUUGUGGUACACUGGUAGAAAGCACACCUGCAACGGGUCGGACUGUACUGGUUCUGAAAUCUGGCAAAAAAGAGGAGCUCCUUGAGCGACAUGUUCCGCAGUUACUCUUGAGGGGUGAACAUGUUGCCAUUAUUUCUGUUCUACGCUGAUUGAGCAUAAUUUACGUUUCAUGCAGCUCCUGCCCUCAAGACUGCACAAAGAAUGUCUGUAAAGACACUACUUGACUUUGGCAAACAGAUGACUCAUGGCAAAUAGAUGACUCGACUGCUGUAUAAUAUCCAAAAAUAUAGUAUUUGACAAUAAAGAAAAUUAUAUUUUGUGCUUGUCCAUGUCAAAUGA